AUGGAUGAAAUAUAAAUCUCUUGUUUAAAAAGGAAGAAAGAAUCAAAAUAAAAAAUGGUUGAAGCUUUUGUGACUUUUGGUUUCUAUAGAAAAUAUCAUAAUUUGAUAUCAGCCAUAAGAAUCAAAUCACUCAACAAUUAAACUAAUGAAUUAUUUCAGAAAAUUUCUUAUUUAAUAUCAUCAUCAUAAAUAGGAAGAAAUAUUGGGAUUGGUGAGAAUGAAACCAAAAUUAUUAAAAAUAGAAUCAAUUACUAACAGGUAUUGAAAAGAGGGGACUAUAACUUGGCGUUAUGAUUAAUUAAAACUUGCCCAAAAACUAUGGAAGCUAUCCUUAGAGAAAUUGAUAAAUAUAAAUAAAUUAAGGAUAGGAUGAAUAAAACUAAAAAUUAUUCCAAGAUAAAUGAAUAAGAAGUGAACAUUUAGAAAGCGAUCCUCUUCUUAAAGAUUUUGAGUCAAAAAAGUAUAUGUCAUUAGAAAACUUUAUGUAAGCCUCAUCAAG